AUGGUUAUCGGAGUCGCCAUGAUGUCAGCCAUGAUCCCGACAAUCUACGGCUUGAACGAAGCGAGUCGCGGCGCGCAGGACUCGGAGCAGAAGCGCAAGGACAAUGUUCGCAAGACGCCUUUCCACAUCCAGUCCACUUGCGACCUCUUGGCGGGGGAGGAGGACGAACGGGCCCAGGUUCACAAUGCACGGCUGUAUCUUGGCUCGGACCAUAAGAUGUACGUCACGAAGCGACCGUCCCCGUCUAUGACCCCAUUCAAUGGCCAUUUCUUCAAAAAUCCGGACUUCGAAGACGACAAUCUGGCUGGGUUAGUGACAGCCAGUAACGAGCAGCCCCCGCAGGUGCGGUGGGUAUAUGUGGAUGUGCAGACAAGAGAGCUGAAAUGGGGGGGCCGCGAGGAGCGUGAGGCGAAUUUGAGCGGGCCGUUUGAUCUGGCGCCCGACGACGAUGAGUCGAUCAUACUGGACGAGAGCUUCAAGUGGAUCGCAAUUCGGGUGAGCGACUCAGAGCCCCACAUGCAGGAGGAGGGACCGGACGAUGAGGUGGUCUUAGGGCUAUGGAGGGUGUAUUAUUACGGCGAAGAUGGCCUGGGUCUGGGGAAGCCGGUGGAUAAGGGCAAACUGGCGAUCGUGUUGCGGAAGACGUCGGUGGAUUCUUGA